AUGUCCUCGUCGCCGCUCAUCCCCCCCGAACAAUGGCGACAUCUCUUCCGUGCCUUGCUCCGCGAAUGCACCUAUCUCCCUGACCCGAUCGCCAGAGGUUACAUGCAUGACUAUGUAGUCCGGAGAUUUCGACGCUAUUCCGACAAGUCGCAAUCUAAGCUACAAGAUGAUUUACAUCGGCAGCACCUCCUUCGCAAAACCGCAACCCAGAAAUUAUCGUUACUGAAGCGUGCCAAUGAAGGCUAUUCUCGACCACUCGAAAAAGUCCUCCGGCUCUCUUAUGGAAGAAAUGGAAAGAAACGAAGGGAUUUGCUAGGUGUCUUCAUUGCUCCGGAAGUUCCUCCCGAUGCCUUGGCCGUAGAAGGCAUUCUGAAGAGGCCUACCAUGUUCGAAGAUGAUUGGAAACCUCCGACGAUUGUGCUCGAUCUCUUAAAGUCUCAAUUGCGCAAUGGAGUCAUUUCACAGCUCAGCGAUCGCUCUGUUGUCAAAACUCUAGAGCCGCCUAUACCCACGGAAAACAGCUGGGGCAAACCGGUUGCAAAAAGUCGUCGGCGGAACAUCAGGCAAAAAUGGUACUACGCUGUGCUUGACAGCCUUUUGCCGCCGCUUCCCGAUGCAGAGCUCGAUACACUGCAGGGUCUGAUAUCUGGGAGAAUACCAUGGACACCACCGAAGAGAAGGAAAGCCGCUGGCGCUCCCCUGGACUCACCCCGCCAGACCAGUCUUGAUGUAGCAUUUCUGACAGAAGGACCAAAAAAGGGGCCGACGUUUAGGGACUUCGUCAACGGAAGACCUCAUCAAAUCACACGGCGAUUCAUGCAACGACUCUGGAGGCGCAUCUACUGCAUGGUGCCGCGCUUGGAAUGGGAUGAGAAGAACCAAAAGCAUUACUUCAAAUGGGAUUCGGUGAAGCCCUUUCCCCACAUAUCUACCGUCGUUGCACAUGAUCAAGCGCCAGAUCUCUUCCAGAAGGUUGAUGCCAAUGGGAGAUUGAUCAAACAUACCUCUAGGGACCGGAUCGAGGAAUCCGCAGACCUGGACCCUUCAAAUGCUGAGAACAUCCCUCCCGAAAUUGAUGGCGACGAUGAACGCCUCGACUACAUCGACUGGAACUGCGACCAAGUCCGUCGACGGAUUCGCGCCUUCGUAGAAAGCAGAGAGAUGAAAAUCGGCGAGUUCCAAGACGCAAUUGGCGUCUCCUCGCGUUCUUACCUGGUCUAUAUGGGCCAGAACGGCCGCGACAAGGGCUCUGGAUCAUCGACAUAUAUCAACGCCGCGCGGUUCUUCAAGAAACGCGAAUUGCAAGGCAUCAAGCCACCCCGAAAAAAGAGGGUCACCAAGGAAUCGCAGAAGAAUGUUGCCGAAAAGUACGAUGUGUCUGGAAUUCAUCUCGACUGGGAGUCGGACCAGAACGUCCCCGUCUGGGACACCUGUGAUGUCGUUCGCCGGAAGAUCACGGCGCACCUUCGUGACCCCGACAUGACCAAGGCUCAGUUCCUGCGCGAUAUCGCGAAAGCUGCGUAUCCGGGUACAGACAAGAAAAUCAGUGCCAAUCUGCUCAAUGACUUUCUCUCCAAGCGUGGUGCCAAUGCGGGCAACACAAGCAGUGUCUUCUAUGCGGCGUAUGUUUUCUUCGAAAAGCUGCGGAUCAGAGAUAACAAGCCAAAAACCAAAUUUCGAGAAGAGAUGGGAGCUGUAUGGCGGCAUAAUGGUGGCUUUGAUUGUGUAACACCAGCCAGCGCGGGAGUCUGGAUUACUACUGGAGAAAGGCCUUACGUUGACAAAUAUGGCGUGGUGAGAAUUGAUCGAGUUCGAUAG